UCUUAAUCCAUUCUAGUUUAAUAAACUACAGAUAUUACUUCUAUAAAUCAAAAAACAUUGUUAAUGUCAUAAUCAGCCAAUGGUUUCAGGGUCUGGGAGCAACACCAAAUUGCUUUUAAAGCUCAAGCAGCGGAUGAACUCCGCCCAUUCCUGAUCUCACUGAAGUGGAGCCAGCAUCACAGAUCCUCAGCGGCAGAUCAAGCCAAUAUAAAAAGACGUACUCUCCACCUCAGCCACAACAGAUGAAAAGAUCUCCCCGAGCAUAUCGAAAAUGUAAGUCUUUUUAUGAAAUGUCUUCCAAAAGGACUUGACUGCAAGUUGUUUCUCCUAAAAUGUUGGUGGAUGAAGAAUUAUUUGUUAAAGAAUAGAUCCAUUCUAAAAUCAAUCUAAUGUGGGAAACUGGGAAUUAAUCAAAUUCAUUUUAUUCUUUUCUAUAUAUAUUUAUAUAUAUAUAUAUAUAUAUAUAUAUUUUUUUUUAACCUAAAGAAACACUUCUAAUUUUUCUCUGUUGGUGUCUAUUUUCUCACUGACAAAGAGGAAAGAAGCAACAUCAUCUUUCACGGAGCAAAAUGAAAAGACUAAAUUCUCUGAUGCUGUGUUCUUGAAUGGAUAUUAAUAGACUGCUGGCAAACACAGCUUCCAACCCUCCUAAAAGAGCACUGUUCAGACAGACAGUCUCUUCGACACCACAGCUCAUCCUGAUGGGUUGUCUUAACUUCACCAGCGGAAAUGAGACUUUGCUUGGCAGGCACCCUUAUACUGUGCAGACCUGUGUGCCUUUAACAAUCCUGGUGGGUAUCCUGAUUCUGCUAACUGUGUUUGGCAAUAUCAUGGUAGUUAUCGCUGUGAUCACAAGCAGAGCCCUGAGAGCACCUCAGAACUCAUUUUUAGUCUCUCUGGCAUGUGCAGACAUUUUGGUUGCCACAUUGGUGAUGCCAUUCUCUUUAGCUAAUGAACUGAUGGGUUACUGGUACUUUGGUAAAGUGUGGUGUGAAAUCUACCUGGCUUUGGAUGUGCUCUUCUGCACCUCAUCCAUCGUUCACCUGUGUGCAAUCAGUUUGGACAGAUACUGGUCAGUCUCUCAAGCAAUCGAGUACAACCUGAGAAGGACACCAGGCAGGAUUAAAUGCACAGUCUUUAUAGUUUGGGUACUGGCGGCCAUAAUUUCUUUCCCUCCGCUUAUCACAAUGAAAAAGGAUGAGGGUAAAAAAGACAGCCCUGAAUGUAAAAUUAAUGAUGAGAAAUGGUACAUCAUAUUUUCCAGCACUGCCUCUUUUUUUGCACCCUGCCUCAUCAUGAUUAUGGUGUAUGUUAGAAUAUACCAAAUUGCCAAGAAAAGAACAAGAGCCCUGCCAGGUGAAAGGCAGAAAGAACAUGGCAAUCCAAAAGGCACAAUGUGUGGUUUGGACGCCCUGGGGAGAAAAGACAAAGAGGGGGAGGGGAUGGAAGAGGGGGACGAUAGAGAGAUCAACGGGCUGGACCUGGAGGAAGAACCCUCCUCGUCUGAUGGGAAUGAAACCAUCUUAUGUUCCCUGAAGAAGAAGAGGGGCAUGAGAACAACCAAAGUGGCUCAGGUGAAGCCUGGAGGAACCUCUCCAGAGCCGGAGGGGCCGCCCUGUGUGAGAGCGAGCAAGUGGAAAGGAAAGCAGUACAGAGAGAGGCGCUUCACGUUUGUUCUGGCUGUGGUCAUGGGGGUGUUUGUUCUCUGCUGGUUCCCCUUUUUCUUCACAUACACGCUCACCGCCGUGUGCGACACCUGCUGUGUCCCAGAGACAUUGUUCAAAAUGUUUUUCUGGUUUGGUUACUGCAAUAGCUCACUAAACCCUGUUAUAUACACUAUUUUCAACAAUGACUUCAGGAGGUCUUUUAAAAAGAUCCUUUGUAAAAGAGACAGAAAAGGUUUAUAAAUGAAAUUUUUGUGCAUGCAUUUCAAAAACAGCAUUUUUGGCACUCUAUAUUCAGGCUCUUAUCUGUGUAAAUAUUACAUUAAAACAAUAUUUAUUGAAUAUUU